AUGCCACUCCAUCUACUGGGCAAGAAGAGCUGGAAUGUGUACAACAACGACAACGUCGAGCGCGUCCGGAGAGAUGAAGCCGAAGCACAAGCGCGGGAAGAGGCAGAGGAGCAGCGCAUGCAGGAAGAAGAUGCUCGGCGACGUAUAGCUAUUCUCAGAAGAGAAGAGCCUGCACCAUUGAGGCCAGUCGUCGAGCCUGUAGAAUCGUCAACCGGAUGGCGAGAAAAGAAAGACGACGAUACGUACUACCAGCGAGACCGCAAACGCAGGCGUCUGAGAGGGGAAGACGAUACAGAGCGCGACAUCAGAUAUGCUCGCCAGGACACAGCAACGGGUGAGAAGGCCGCUAAAGCUUUGUUGAAAAAAGCGGAGAAGGAUGCGCCUCUAGAAGACCGCGCAGGGCACAUUCAACUAUUCCCAGCACCUGACGAAGUGGCCAUUCGCAAGACCGAGAAGAAUGCCGAGCUCGAAGCCGAGAAGGAAAAGAAGCGGAAGAGAGAAGAAGACAAGAUCACCAUGCGUUUCAGCAAUGCAGCUGGUUACCAAAACAGCGGGCAGAAGCCAUGGUACGCCUCGAGCAGGGAUGCUUCCAAUGAUCAGGCGAAGGACAUCGUUCUGGCAGAGGCUCAAGGUAAGGACGUUUGGGGGAAUGAUGAUCCACUGCGUAAAGAGCGUGAAAAGACCCGAAUAUCCACCAAUGAUCCCUUCGCGGCAAUGCAGCAAGCUCAGAGGCAGCUGAAACAAAGUGAGAAAGACAAGUUUACCUGGGAGAAGAAGCAGCAAAGGGAGCUUGAGGAAUUGAAGAAACAGCAAAGAAAGGAGAAGCGACGAAGAGACGUGGACGAGGAUAAUCUGGACGGAUUCAGCCUGGAUGCACCGCCAGAGAGAAGAGGAAGCGAACGUGACAGAGACCACAAGCACCGACACCGCCACCACCAUAGAAGAUACCACAGUCGAAGUCGAAGUCGUGAGCGAGAUAGGGAAAGAGGACACUCCAGCCGUCGCCACCGGGAUCGCCAUUGA